AUGGUCGAAAGGCUGACACCAAAUUUGAAGAAGAAGGACACGAAAAUGCGGUUUCCACAAGAGGUGGGACUCAAGUUAGCUGUCACUCUCUGCCACCUGGCAAGUGGGAACGACUAUACAAGCCUCCAAUACAGCUUCAGAGUCUCCAAGAGUUGCAUAUGCCGGCUUAUCCCAUUAGUCUGCCAAGCCAUUAUCGACACAUACAAACCAGAAGUGAUGAAGUGCCCUAAGACACCAGAAGAAUGGAAUGACAUAGCAAAACGAUUCGCCUCAAAGUGGAACUACUUCAGUUGUGUGGGAGCCCUGGAUGGAAAGCACGUUGCGAUCAAGAAAUCCAAAGGUGGAGGAUCACUGUACUUCAAUUACAAGAAGUUCCACAGCAUCGUCCUCAUGGCCCUCCCCGAUACAAAGUACAGGUUCCUGUUCGUCGACGUCGGUGCAGAAGGAGGUGUUGGGGAUGGAGGAACCUGGCAGAAGUGCAACCUGGCCAAGGCCAUCACAAACAACCAAGCAGGACUCCCACAAGACAGAAAUCUGCCCAAUGAUGAUGAACCCAUCCCCUUCCACAUAGUCGCCAACAAUGCCUUUGCUACAGAUUAUCUUGCGCUUGUUGUGUGGCGGAAAACGCAUUCGGCCUGCUGCAGAUGA